AGGAAUUAAGGACACGUCACCCGUCCACGUCGUCAGACGCGCCGCAAGACCUCGUCGGGUUCCGCUUCCCAAUUCCCUUCCCCAUCCCUCCGGCGUGAUCUCUCCCCCUCCACCGCGGCUGCGCAGCGCAACCAGAAGAACCACCGAUGGACGCCGUGGACUCCGUGGUCGACCCGCUCCGGGAUUUCACCAAGGACAGCGUGCGCCUCGUCAAGCGCUGCCACAAGCCCGACCGCAAGGAGUUCACCAAGGUGGCGGUGCGGACGGCGACAGGGUUCGUCGCCAUGGGCUUCGUCGGGUUCUUCGUCAAGCUCAUCUUCAUUCCCAUCAACAACAUCAUCGUCGGGUCCGGCUGAUUCCGUAGGUGAUGGGCCACAGAGCAAAGAGGAUGGAGUCAAUUCGUGGAGGCGGUGCCAGUUUUCUUGUCUUGAUACCGUAAAGCUAAAGCAAUUCCUUUAGGACUUCAUAUUCGAGGACAGUUUUGUUGCAUCUUCAUUUCAAACAGUUGUAUUGGUGUAUCUGGAGCAGUUGGUGCCUGAUAUUGGCUAGACCGAAAUGAAGUAGCGAGGUACAAGAAUGAAAA